AUGGAGGAGACGCUCGAACAAAUCCAGGCGCGCCACCGCAAGGAGCAGCGCGAUCUGGUAGCGCGCAUCACGAACAAGAAGAAAAGCGCAACCAAGAAGACUCGGAAGGGUAUCAACGACGAAUGCGCCGAGCUCGAACGCCAGCUCAAGGCAAGGCAGGCCGAUGAAGUGGCGCGGGCCACGGGGCCUGUCACUGGUAAAGAGGAGGAGGAGGAGGAGGAGGAGCCACAGGAUGAAGCGGUAGACGAGGUUCUUUCGGAACGGAUGCAGAAUACCAGCAUCAAAGAGAGUGAAGACGGCGCGCCGACACCGCCGACAUCAUCGCCGCCCCCAGGAGGAGGAGGAGGAGGCAAGAAGCGGAACAGGCAAAAGGAACGCAUGGCCCGCCGUGCCGCCGAGAUCGAGGCCGCGGCGGCCAAGGCGGAGGAAGAGGCCAAGGACAUGACGGACCACCGCGGCCUCGAGCGCAAGUACAUGGCCGAGGUAUUCGUGGCCAACGACCUCGUGGAGAAGGAUAUACGACCGGACGGCCACUGCCUUUUCUCUGCCGUGGCGGACCAGCUGCAGCAGCACGGGAUCCCGCUGCGGGGAGGGGGCGGAGGGACCGACGGGAACGACGGUAACGACGAAGACCCACCGUACAGGAUCGUGCGGAAGGCUGCGACAGGAUGGAUGGCGGGCCGGCCCGACGACUACGCCCCUUUCCUCGAGGAGCCGCUCGAUGCGUACCUUGCCAAGAUCCGCGACACGGCCGAGUGGGGCGGGCAGCUGGAGCUGGCGGCGCUGGCGGCGCGCUAUGGGGUCGAGAUACGGGUUGUGCAGGAUGGGCGGACGGAGAGGAUUGAGCCGCCGCCUGGUGGUGUCGAGGCGGAGAAGACGAAGACGAUUUGGCUGGCUUAUUACCGGCACGGGUUCGGGCUUGGGGAGCAUUACAACUCGCUUCGCAAGAAGGCUUGA